UCAGUCUCGGUGGUCUGGUCUCUACACAGGGAUCUGGGUUUUCCUCUGGACCUGGUCGACCUGAUGUUGGAGGAGAGAGGAGUCCAGGUCGACCGUCAGGAGCUGGACCGACUCAUUGCAGAGAACCAAAAGGUGGCGUCAGAGGUGCGGUCAGGUGAGCAGUCUCAGUUGAUGCUGGACGUCGUCUCCCUGGCGGAGCUGCAGCGUCUCACCGUUCCUCACACCGACGACAGCCUCAAGUACCGGUACCGACAGGAAGAGGAACAAUACGUUUUCCCUGAAUGCAGUGCAACGGUCCUGGCGCUGUACGACGGUCAGACUCUGGUGUCAGAGGUCACUGAGGGUCAGCGCUGUGGCGUCAUCCUGGAUCGGACGUGUUUCUACUCUGAGCAGGGGGGGCAGUCACAUGACCAGGGCUACUUCACCCGGGAUGGACUGCAGGACGUGCUGUUUCCUGUGGAGCACGUGGUUGUGGCAGGGGGGUACGUGGUCCAUCAGGUGACCGCCACUGAGCUUCUGAAGACUGGAGACAAGGUCCACUUACACCUGGAUGAGAGUCACAGGUGGUCGUGUAUGGUGAGACACACAGCGACUCAUCUGUUGAACUUUUCUCUGAAGACAGUUCUUGGUUCUUCAGUUCAUCAGAGAGGUUCUCAUGUGUCAGCUGAUCGACUCCGCUUCGACUUCACUGUCAAGGGUUCUCUGAGCGUCUCUCAGCUGCAGCAAGUAGAGAAGUGUGUUAACGACAUCGUCUCAGCCAAUCAGAUCGUCCACAGCCAGGAGCUUCCUCUGCAGACCGCCAGGAGCAUCAAGGGACUGAGAACAGUGGACGAGGUGUAUCCUGACCCUGUCCGCGUGGUGUCGGUCGCGGUCCCUGUUUCUGAGCUAUUGGACGAUAAGACAGACAGACAGACGUCUGUGGAGCUCUGCUGUGGAACUCACCUGCUUAAGACCGGAGCUAUCGAGGAUCUGGUGAUUGUCUCCGAAAGACAGAUGGUCAAAGGAAUCAGUCGCAUCAUCGCUGUGACGGGACAGGAAGCAACAAGGGCUCGGGAGGCGGGUCAGGUUUUGUCUGAGGAUGUGGAUUCUCUGGCAGCCAGACUAACAGACUCCGCCCACUCCCAUCUUGACUCUGCCCAGCGCCUCGCCAAGGAGGUUGGAGUCCUCUCUGAUACAGUAGAUACCACACCCAUCCCCCAGUGGCAGCGCAGAGAACUGCAGCAUCGACUCAGAGCUCUGCAGAGGAGCAGCAACACGGCCGUCAGGAGGCUGGAGACCAGAGAGGCUGCAGGUAAUGCUCAGGCCCUGCUGGAGAAGAACGGCAGGAAGGUUCUGCUGGUGGACUCGUUGGAGACGGACUCUCUGUCGGUUGUGAUGAAGACGGUGAACCAGGUGAGCGCCGUUUCUCCUCUCAGUUACGUGAUGCUGCUCGCUCACCAGAGGCAUUCUGGGAAGGUUCUCUGUGCCUGUCAGGUUCCCAAGGAUGCGAACUCUCUCCCGGCCUCUGAUUGGGCGCUGGCGCUGUGUCAGCACCUCGGGGGGAGUGCUGGGGGCACAGCAGUGGUUGCCAAGGGAACAGGAAGCAGCAGUGACAUCACAGAGGCUCUGAGGUGGGCAGAGGAGUUUGCCCGACACAAAACACAACGAUGAUGUCUUGAAGAGAGGUGACAUGAAGUCACAGCGCCUCCUGGUGGAGGAUUCAACACCAGCCCACUAUUUAACUUAGAUCGUUAUUUAAAUGGACAUUUUAUUGAUUUGAAUGUUUCUUUGUUUUAAAAGAAAUAAAAACACAGAUUCUGUUUUAAAA